UCAAAUCUUAGUGGCCACAUAGUGCCUGUGGAAAAGAGAGAGCGAGCGAGGUGGCGUGUGUGGGUAAGGGGGGCUAGCAAGUAGAAUGGGGGGGAGUUGAGGCCGGGAAAGACGCUUGACUCCAAUCGCUGCCCCCCCUCCAAAAAAAAAAAAACCAACCAAACCCCAAAUUUUCGCCCUCGCACCCGCCGAGAAGACGGAGACUUGGACCCCAGAUCAUGGACCCUGCGCAUGGUGGCAAGGAACAAACAUGUGGCCAAGUUGUGGGCAGAUGAGUUCUGGCCGCAGCCGGAGGUGCCGCGCCCCGCCUGGAAGAUGAUGGAGAAGCUGAGGACUCCCCCGCCCCCCUGCAGCCCCCUGCCCCCACCCUCACCCCCUGCCAGCCACUCGCCCGCUAGCCACCCCCCUGCUUCCCCAACCCCUGCCUCGUCCCCGGACCCCAAGGGGAGCCCGCCCCCCACAGCCCCUGCCCCGCUGCCCCCCGAUGUUCCCGUCAUCAGCCUGGGUCACAGCAAGCGCCCACCCCCCCCUGACGUGCCCACCACCGAGCUGACGGCCCUGCACCCCAUCCCCUCCCUGGUGCAGCUCUCAUCCCUGACCCCUGCGCCCCCCCCAGCCCCCAUGACGCUCGCCGGCCUGCAGAGCCCACUCCUGCCCCCGCAGUACCACCCACACCCCUUCCUCAACAGCAUCUACAUUGGCACCCCCGGCUCUCUCAGCCUCCUCCCCGCCAGCCGCCUCAAGCGCCGGCCCAGCCACUUCGAGCAGGAGCUCAUGGAUGGGCAGCAGCCGCAGAAAGUCGCCCGCCGCGUCUUCACCAACAGCCGGGAGCGCUGGCGCCAGCAGAACGUGAACGGGGCCUUCGCCGAGCUGCGGCGGCUCCUGCCCACGCACCCGCCGGACAAGAAGCUGAGCAAGAACGAGAUCCUGCGCCUGGCCAUGAAAUACAUCCGCUUCCUCGGGCAGCUGCUGCGCGACCAGGCCGCCGCCGGGCCCCCCGAGCCCGAGGCCCCGCCGCCGGGCAGCCCGGGGGGCGAGGCGCCGCGGGGGGCCGCCCCCCGCCCCAUCAAGCGGGAGCGCCGGACGCUGCUGGGGGCCGCGGCCGCGGGGGACGCCCGGUGAUGAUUGGCGGCCCCCCCUUCCUUCCCCCCCGCACUGGAUUUGGGGGGGUGACUCUGGACUGGGCGGGGGGCGGGGGGCGGGCCCCGCCCCCCCGGGACUGACAUUGCAGGGGGGGGGCGCGCUCCGGAUUCUGCCCCCCCCCCAGGUGUCAAGUGGGGCUGGGACCUUGGCGGGUCACCGCUGUGAUGAGGUUGAUCCAGUCUCAGCUGCUUCUGGCCCCCGAGGAGACGUGUCGGCGCUGGGUGGGAAAUGGGGGGGGGGGGCUGAGAGAAUGGGGGGCAGCGCCCCAGCACGCGCCAGACCCCCCCCACCGUAUGCCCCCCCCAUUGGCAAAGAGCCCCUGCAUCCUGAAAUGGUCUUGUCUGUGUUUUAACCCCUGGGGGGGGGCUAAGACCCCCCCCCCCAGUGCCCUGGGCCCAGAGAACUGCUCCCCGCUCAGCCAGGGGGCGCAGGAGUGAGCAGCGCUGGGGUGGGAGACCCCCCCCUGCCUCGGGGCUCUAGGGUGCCCCCCGGCCCCGUGUCUGGGGUGGGGUCUUGCCCUGCGAUGGGGGAGGGGAGCCGGGUGGUUUUUAAUUUAACCCUGUCUGGGCUGUAGCCACGCGGCCCACGAAAGAAACACAAAGUGCGCAGAGCC